AUGGAGGCGUUUAGCAACAUGGGCAACCACCUGGUUUCCAACUCGGCCGCCGCGAUCAACGCCAGCGACGACAUUUCGACUGUCGACCCGGAUGAGAGUGUUCUGAGCCUGGCUAGAGGUCCCAGGCGACGACAACAUGAUGACGACGAGUCUGAAAGUGUGGAAGAAGACGACCUGGAGAGCCUUGCCAGUGCCGCAGUGGAUGGCAAGAAACAAGUCACAAAGGCCGAAGAAGACAAGGAACUACCGCCCCAUGCCUGCGCAUACUGCGGCAUUCAUAACCCAAGUUGUGUUGUCCGAUGCCUUCCUUGCGGCAAAUGGUUUUGCAGCGCACGCGGCAAUACGUCCUCCUCCCACAUCGUCAACCACUUGGUCCGAGCACGGCACAAAGAAGUUCAGCUACAUCCCAGCAGCUCACUGGGCGAUACAGUGCUAGAGUGCUACAACUGUGGGACCAAAAAUGUCUUCUUGUUAGGCUUCAUCCCUGCGAAAUCGGACACCGUGGUGGUUCUCCUCUGUCGACAGCCAUGUGCCGCCAUGCCGUCGUCCAAGGACAUGAACUGGGACACGUCACGAUGGCAGCCACUCAUUGAAGACCGGUCUUUCCUGUCCUGGCUGGUGGCGCAGCCGAGCGAUCAGGAACAACUCCGUGCCAGGCAUCUGAGCCCGCAGAUGAUUGCAAAACUAGAAGAAUUAUGGAAGGAAAACUCGGCCGCCACCAUCACAGAUCUGGAGAAGGCCGCAAAUAUCGAUGACGAUCCUGCACCGGUUCUUCUCCGCUACGACGAUGCAUAUCAGUAUCAGAAUGUUUUUGGCCCCCUCGUCAAGAUCGAAGCCGACUACGACCGCAAAUUGAAGGAGAGCCAGUCGCAAGACAACCUGAUUGUCCGAUGGGAUCUGGGGUUGAACAACAAGCACCUCGCAAGCUUUGUCCUCCCCAAGCUUGAGUUGGGCGAUGUCAAGCUCGCCGUCGGCGACGAGAUGCGGCUGAAAUACACUGGCGACCUGCGGCCUGUGUGGGAAGGCGUCGGCUAUGUGAUCAAGAUUCCCAACAAUCAAUCUGACGAGGUGACCAUUGAGCUGCGCGCCAAAGGCGACCACAAGUCGGUGCCCACCGAGUGUACCCACAACUUCACCGCCGACUACGUCUGGAAAGCCACGUCGUUCGACCGGAUGCAACUGGCCAUGAAGACCUUUGCUAUUGACGAGAUGAGUGUCUCUGGCUACAUCUUCCAUCGUCUCCUGGGACAUGAGGUGGCAGCUGCGCCCAUGAAGACUCAGAUGCCGAAGAAGUUCAGCGUGCCCGGACUCCCCGAGCUCAAUGGCAGUCAGAUCAAUGCCGUCAAGUCUGUCCUACAGAAGCCGUUGAGUUUGAUCCAGGGCCCUCCGGGUACCGGCAAGACGGUGACAUCCGCGACCAUCAUCUACCAUCUCUCCAAGAUCAAUGGCGGUCAAGUGUUGGUUUGCGCGCCAUCCAAUGUCGCGGUGGACCAGUUGUGUGAACGCAUCCAUCGUACCGGCCUGAAGACCGUUCGAGUGACCGCCAAAUCAAGGGAAGAUGUCGAGUCAUCCGUUAGUUUCCUGUCCCUUCACGAGCAGGUACGAAUGAACGACAGCAAUGUCGAACUCGCCAAACUCAACCAGCUCAAAUCGGAGUUGGGAGAAUUGUCCAGCCAGGACGAGAAGAAAUACAAGUCCUUGACGCGGGCGGCAGAGCGCGAGAUUUUGACCAAUGCAGAUGUCAUUUGCUGCACCUGUGUCGGUGCUGGAGACCCAAGAUUGGCCAAGUUCAAGUUCCGCACGGUCCUCAUCGACGAGUCGACUCAAUCGGCGGAGCCCGAGUGCAUGAUUCCCUUGGUCCUGGGCUGCAAGCAGGUUGUUCUUGUCGGUGACCAUCAACAGCUCGGCCCCGUCAUCAUGAACAAGAAGGCGGCGAAGGCCGGGCUCAAUCAGUCCUUGUUCGAAAGGCUGGUCAUCCUCGGUUGUGCUCCAAUCCGGCUGAAUGUCCAAUAUCGAAUGCACCCUUGCUUGUCGGAAUUCCCCUCGAACAUGUUCUACGAAGGAUCCCUCCAGAAUGGAGUCACCAUGCAGCAGCGACUGCGGCGCGAAGUCGACUUCCCCUGGCCGGUCGCCGAUUCGCCCAUGAUGUUCUGGUCCAAUCUGGGCAAUGAAGAGAUCUCGGCAUCUGGCACGUCGUAUCUCAACCGCACCGAGGCGACGAACGUGGAGAAAAUCGUGACACGAUUCUUCAAAGCCGGGGUGCACCCGCAGGACAUCGGUGUCAUCACGCCAUACGAGGGCCAGCGCAGCUUCAUCGUCAGUUCCAUGCAAGCCAACGGCACGUUCAAGAAGGAAUUGUACAAGGAAAUCGAAGUGGCAUCGGUCGACGCUUUCCAAGGCCGAGAGAAAGACUUCAUCAUUUUGUCUUGUGUCCGAUCCAACGACCAUCAAGGCAUCGGCUUCUUGAGCGACCCUCGUCGUCUUAACGUGGCCCUGACACGAGCCAAGUAUGGCCUGGUCAUUCUGGGCAAUCCCAAGGUGCUUUCCAAGCAUCCUCUGUGGCACUAUCUGUUGCUGCAUUUCAAGGAGCGCAACUGUUUGGUCGAAGGCCCGCUCAGCAACCUGCAGAUCUCUCUCCAUCAAUUCAGCCGCCCCAAGCAGUCCUAUCGCGGACCUCAACGCUACCAAAUGGCCUACAACCAUGCCAGUCAUAUGGCAAGUGGUAUGCUCAAUGGAGGACGAUCGACGGGUCUUCGCCACGAAUAUCGUGAUGCCGGUUCUGUUGUUGGGUAUAUCCCUGACGACGUGUCUUCGAUACAUUCUUCGGCCGUGGGUGGGGUGGGUGUACCGGCUGGCUAUCCACCCAUGUUUCAAGGAUUCACUCCAGACACAUGGCCUUCUGUCCAGAAUGCACAAAGCCGCCGUCAAAAUGGGAUCAAGCCAAGAGCCGUUACGGGCAGUGUCGCCGGCGAGUCGACGGUUGCGACCGAGUCAGACAUCACUGGCAGUGUGAUUGGACAGGGCGGAGUCAGCUUGGACCAAUUGUCUAUUCAUGACACCAACAAACAGGCCAGUUACAACCAAGCCGAUCGAUUGAAGAGGUACGUUGAAGGCGGCGCGCCUGGAGUGGGCUACAUUGGCAGCCACCGACUCGGAAAAGGCCUGCACGAGGACGAAGAUACGCGCAGUAUCUCUACCGCAUUCGCUAGCCAAGUUGGCGGAGGGUACGAUUGA